AUGUCGAGCUAUCUGCUAUUAGCCUUGCAGUAUGUUUUACAAGGGACAUUAUAUGGACUUCAAGUCAGAUAUCUUCCUAUUAUCCUACGCAAGACCGGGUCAUCUCUUUUCCUUGUGGGCUCACUGAAUUUGUUGAUAUUUCCUUGGCUAGUCAAAUCUCUUUGGGCACCUAUCAUUGAUGCUUACGGCGAUAAAAACACAUGGCUGUCUUUGAAUUACGCCGGUAUAGCAGUUUCCCUGUCACUGGCUAACACCAACGCUGGAUUGAUAUUUGCCUCGUCUCUGGUCAUGCUUAAUUUUUGUUCCGCGACAAUUGAUCUCACUCUCGGAAAAAUACUUAUAACUGACCAUCAUGGCAACGAACUCUCCAAAGCCAGCUCUGUUCAAAUCAUCGGCUACAAAACCGGAUUUCUGUUCGGUGGAGGUUUAGCCUUGGUGCUGGCAGAUAUCUAUUUCAUAGGUAAGGAAAUUCUCGUCUCACUCUCCGCAAUAUAUUUAAUCCUGUCACUUGCGUUUUGGGUCACGAAAAGAUCUGCUAAACCGGAAGUUGUUCACAAACCGGAAGUGGAAACGAACUUGUUACAAGGCGGUCCGAGGAUGACUGGAUUUGCACGCUCUUCUGAAUUUCAAUGGAUGAUAAUCUGUGCAUGCGUGUACAAAUUCGCCUCACAUUCGUCACAGUCGUUAUUAACCAUGUUCUUGGUGGACGAUGGAGAGACCAUAAGCCGCCUUGGUUUUUUGUCUGGAGUGGCUGGUCAAUUCAUAUCCAUUGCUAUAGCCUCGGUGACCGGGAUGAUCUUGGCUGCUAAAUGGUAAGACCAUAACAAAUUAUCAAUGCGACCUCCAUUUGAUUAUUGUAUGUGUUAUACGUGUAACAAUUCUUUGUCCAAGGCAACUGCCCCAUUAGAUUCUGCCAUCCCUGUCGAUGUUUGACCAUCAUCCUGCCGAGACUGAAAGUGCUUGGGGUGAGUGUAGUGAGCAUACCCUGCUACGGCGGGAGUCUGAGUGAGGGUGAGUCGAAGAGAUAGAAAAGAGGACGGCUGAAACACGAACGUGUCCGACCACUGACCGAAAAUUCAGCGCUUCAUGUUCAACAACGGCUUCAAAACGCUUUGUUGAAAUUUAAACCUAAUAUUAAUUAGGGUGAAACAUUGUCGCUCUAAGCUACAAUAUCACUGUGUACAUUCAAAAUACGAGGUAGUUAUAGUUAGAAUAGCAGGCAAUUUUCUGAAGAAUAAUUCCUUGAUUACUGUUUAGGAUGACUCCCACGCAGAUGGUUUUAUUGUCGUCUUUGCUGACUGUAUGUUCAGUCUGUGUACAGCUCUCUGUGGUUUGCUCCAACAACACCAAAUAUAUCGCCUUGGGUAAGUGUCCAAAUAGCUACUACACUUACGAAUCUAGGGGUUUUUGCAUUCGUCGAGGACGAUGACAAUUGUAUUUAAAAACACACUUAGUUUAAUUGUUGAAAAGACUUCUCUUUACUCCUUACAGUGUACAUUUUACUCAACGUGGUUCACGGAUCCCAGGCUACUCCAGUUUACACUCUUAUGCUACGAUGUUCCCAGAAUGCACCACCGUCUUUCCGUACCACUUGUUACUCGUUUCUUGGCGCGCUAGAGAUUCUGGGUAAGCAAUUGUCUUUGUUUCUUGCGGGAGUAAUAGCAGAGUUCUUUGGUUAUGUCGUUGGCUUAAGCAUAUCACUCACGGUUUCUGUUCUCGUGGUAUUAUUGGUCUGGAAGUGCCCAAGACAUCUACGAAACACGCAGUCUUAG